UGAGUUCUUCCCUUCUUCCCCUGUAAGGUCACACCCAGUAUCCUGUGCUUCUCUUUUAAAGGAGGAAAGAGCAGGCUGACAUCAGAGAGGCAGCCACCUAAGAAGAGAAGACUUGUAAGCUAUCAGGAACAUCUGGGACCAGGACAAUGCCAAACUGGGGCGGUGGAAAGACCUGCUCAGUCUGCCAGAAGGCUGUCUACUUUGCGGAGGAAGUCCAGUGUGAGGGUGGAAGCUUCCACAAAUCCUGCUUCUUGUGCAUGGUAUGCAAGAAGAAUCUGGAUAGUACCACAGUUGCAAUUCAUGGGAAUGAGAUCUACUGCAAGUCAUGCUAUGGGAAGAAACAUGGGCCUAAAGGAUAUGGAUUUGGACAGGGUGCAGGCACUCUAAGUAUGGACCGGGGUGAAAGCCUGGGAAUCAAGCCUGAAGAGUCUGCGAAACAUCAGCCUACAAACAAUCCGAAUGCUUCCAAGUUCGCACAGAAAGCGGGAGGUGCUGAUGUGUGUCCUCGCUGCUCAAAGACUGUGUAUGCUGCUGAAAAGGUGAUCGGUGGAGGAAAUUCUUGGCACAAGGCUUGCUUUCGUUGUGCUAAAUGCGGGAAAGGUUUGGAAUCCACUACACUGGCAGAUAAGGAAGGAGAGAUAUUCUGCAAAGGAUGCUACGCAAAGUGCUUUGGUCCAAAAGGCUUUGGUUUCGGACAGGGUGCUGGUGCUUUAGCCCACACCUAAUCAACAGAUCUUCCCAACUUGUCCUUGCCUACCAUCAGACAAAGUUAAACGAUCAGUGACAGACGCAGUUGCUUCUCACUGCUACCAAUUACAUGCUGCAGCUUAAGAUUCUUUUAUGUGCAGAGGUGUGUCUACAAAUAUAUGAAAUGUAUCAGUUAAAUUUAAAAUCUGUAUUCAAUUCUAAUAGGAUGUCAUAAUACGAAAUAAAGUGUACUGAGGUCCAUUUGACCAGUUGUAAGAUUGCCGUAUGGAAAAAAUUGGAGACUGCAAAAUUACUACUGCAAAAUACAUUUUAUGCUUUUGUAUAGUAUUACUCGCACACCUAAAGAGCAGCUAUAUAUAAUGUUUACGUACAGCUUGUUGAUGCCUUUUGAACACUAAUGACCGGAAAAAAACAUGCUGAACCUGGGAUUUAUUUGGCUAUUUUUGUAUAAAUUUUGCAAUUUUUUUAAUGGCAAGCAAUUGUAAUGUGCAGCUGUUGACUGGCUUUUUCACGCCGCAUUAGUGGUUUUCACAUAAAUAUAAUAAAAGUAUAUUUAUAA